AUGAAGCUAACCACUCAUCCCUUGCUCCCUUUGCUUGCCUCUGUUCUCACGGCCAAUGCCUUCCAAUUCCCCGACUGCGUUAACGGCCCUCUAGCAAAAUCCAAAGCAUGCGAUGUUACUGGCACAGCACCCGAACGCGCAGCAUCGUUGGUUGACCAGUUAACCAUUGACGAGAAGCUCGUCAACCUCGUUGACCAAGCUCUUGGGGCCUCUCGCCUUGGGUUACCCAAGUAUGCGUGGUGGUCAGAAGGCCUUCACGGCGUCGCCGGUUCUCCCGGCGUCAAGUUCAACACAACCGGCUACCCCUUCUCCUACGCCACUUCUUUCGCCAACGCCAUCAACCUCGGCGCCUCCUUUGACGAUGACCUAGUGUACGAAGUCGGCACAGCCAUCAGCACCGAAGCAAGGGCAUUUGCUAACUUUGGCUUUGGCGGGCUGGAUUACUGGACGCCCAAUGUCAACCCCUACAAAGACCCGAGAUGGGGGAGAGGGGCCGAGACUCCCGGGGAAGACCCCCUCCAUAUCAAAGGGUAUGUGAAAGCGAUACUGGCGGGCUUGGAGGGAAACGAGACGGUGAGAAAGGUGAUUGCGACUUGCAAACAUUAUGCUGCGUAUGAUUUGGAGAGGUGGCACGGCCUGACGAGGUAUGAGUUUGAGGCGAUCGUGACUCUGCAGGACCUGAGUGAGUAUUAUUUGCCGCCAUUUCAGCAGUGCGCGAGGGAUUCGAAGGUGGGGAGUAUCAUGUGCAGCUACAACGCCCUCACCAUUCGUGACAUGGCUAGCGGCAAGCCAGACGAGGAAAUCAACCUCACCACGGCACAGCCAGCCUGCGCAAAACCCUACCUAAUGACCAUCUUGCGCGACCACUGGAACUGGACCGAACACAACAACUACAUCACAUCUGAUUGCAACGCCAUCCUAGAUUUUCUACCUGACAACCACAACUUUUCGCAAACGCCCGCUGAAGCCGCCGCAGCGGCCUAUAAAGCCGGUACUGACACAGUCUGCGAGGUAUCGGGUUCCCCGCUCACGGAUGUCGUCGGCGCUUACAACCAGUCCCUUCUCCCGGAAGCCGUCAUCGACACCGCCCUCCGCCGUCUUUACGAAGGUCUUAUUCGCGCCGGCUAUCUCGACCACGGCCGUUCUUCUGCUGUCGCCGGCGGCGAUGGUGGCUCGUUCUCCUCCCCAGCUUACGACGCGUUAAACUGGGAGGACGUCAACACCCCAUCCACCCAAGAACUAGCUCUCCGUUCUGCGACGGAAGGUAUCGUCCUGCUCAAAAACGCCGGUAGUCUCCUCCCCUUGGACUUCUCAGGGAAGAAAGUGGCGCUGAUAGGCCAUUGGGCCAAUGCUACUGGGACGAUGCGCGGUCCGUACUCCGGUAUACCGCCCUUUUAUCAUAACCCGCUCUACGCCGCUCAGCAGCUGAACCUUUCGUUUUCCUACGCCAACGGUCCCGUUGUGAACGCCAGUGACCCGGAUACUUGGACCGCUCCCGCUUUGGCGGCUGCGGAAGGGGCUGAUGUGGUUUUGUAUUUCGGCGGGACGGACACGACUGUUGCUUCUGAGGAUCUUGACCGUGAGUCCAUCGCGUGGCCGGAAACGCAGAUGCAGUUGCUUUCGGAGCUGGCGGGGCUAGGGAAACCGUUGGUGGUAAUCCAGCUAGGCGACCAAGUGGAUGAUUCUUCUCUCCUAAACAACGGGAACGUGUCUUCGAUUUUGUGGGUUGGUUACCCAGGUCAGUCGGGCGGGACGGCAGUCUUUGAUGUUUUGACCGGCAAGAAAGCGCCGGCGGGACGGUUACCGGUGACUCAAUACCCGGAAGGGUAUGUUGACGAGGUACCGUUGACGGAGAUGGCGUUGCGGCCUUUUAACUACUCCUCUUCCUCAAACCUGGAACAGGAAGUCUCCGUCCAAGGAAGGGGCAGCCUAACAAUCCAACCCCGCUCAACCCCCGGAAACAAAACCCUUUCUUCCCCCGGUCGCACCUACAAAUGGUACUCCAGCCCCGUCCUUCCCUUUGGUUACGGGCUUCAUUAUACCACUUUCAACGUCUCCCUUUCUCUCUCCUCCUCCAACGCCUCCUCCUCCUCCUCGUCCCCCUCCUUUUCCAUCCCCUCCCUCCUCACCCCCUGCACCGCCACCCACCUCGACCUCUGUCCCUUCUCUCCUUCUGCCAACUCCGCCCUCUCCGUCUCCAUCACCAACACCGGCACCCACACCUCCGAUUACGUCGUCCUCCUCUUUUUGUCUGGAGAAUUCGGACCUAAACCGUACCCGCUCAAGACGUUGGUGAGCUACAAGCGGGUGAAAGACAUUAAGCCGGGGGAGACGGUCACGGUUAAAGAUGUGCCGGUGAGCUUGGGAGCGAUUAGUAGGGUGGAUGGGGACGGGAAUACGGUUUUGUAUCCGGGGACUUAUCGGUUUGUUGUGGAUGUUGAUGGGUCGCAGGGAGUAGAGAGGGGUGAGGAGGUGGUGGUUGAGUUGGUGGGUGACGAGGCGGUGCUGGACGAGUUCCCGCAACCACCCAAGGAGUGAGUAGAGUGAGUGAAAAGAAUAAGAAGAGAGAGAGGGGAUAUGGACGGGAG